GGGAGCGCGCUUUCCGUGUCUGGUUAGUGGACUGACAGCCAGCUGUGCGGCUAUAACGACAACAACAACCUCCUGGAUUUGCUACAUACAACUAGAUUAGUGUUGGUCUGCUAGCGAUCACAAUCGUAUACUAUAGCUAGUUUCCGACGUGACGACUCGACAGCACACAGCUACAACCUAGAACCGUCGGCGGUUUUCUUGUGCUAACUAGCAAGAAGAGCAUUCCUCCAACAUGAAUCCGCUGUGUAGCAGAUGUAAUCUAGUCGUUUACCCCACGGAAAAAGUGAAUUGUCUGGACAAGUACUGGCAUAAAGGAUGCUUCAGCUGCGAGGUCUGCAAAAUGACUCUAAACAUGAAGAAUUACAAAGGCUUUGAGAAGAGACCAUACUGCAAUGCACACUACCCCAAGACAAACUUCACCUGUGUGGCUGACACUCCAGAGAACCUCCGCCUCAAACAGCAGAGCAAGAUGCAGAGCCAGGUUCUCUACAGGGAGGAUUUUGAGAAGAAUAAAGGAAAAGGUUUCAGCGUGGUCGCAGACACGCCGGAGAUGCAGAGAAUUAAGAAGACGCAGGAUCAAAUCAGCAAUAUUAAGUACCAUGAGGAGUUUGAGAAGAGGAAGAUGGGAGGAGAGGCCACACAACUCCCAAGCAGCCCCAGCCCAGGUUACCAGUCCUCUGGAGGCUCUCAGAACUACAACUAUGAACCUGCUCCUGAACCAGUGCGCCAGGCGGCCGGCGGCCCCCCUCCCAGUUCUGGGAAGCGGUACAGGGCAGUGUAUGACUACUCUGCUGCCGACGAGGACGAGGUGUCCUUCAUGGACGGAGAUGUGAUCGUAGAUGUGCAGCAGAUCGACGAGGGCUGGAUGUACGGCCGCGUGGAGCGUACCGGCCAGCAGGGCAUGCUGCCUGCCAACUACGUGGAGGCCAUCUGAGUGAGAGGGAAAGAAAAAGAGGGAGAGAAAUAGGAGGAGGAGGUAGAGAAAGGGAGGGAAAGAAGGAAAGGAAAAGCCCAGUGCCAUCUCAUCUUAAUGCCGCUUUCUCUUGAUUUUACUCUUGUUCCCUAAUCUGUCCUGUGAGACCUUAACCCCCACCCCUGCACCCCUGCUCUGCUCUCACUGUUCAGCUCUCCAGCCACAGACACCUUCUAUCUAUCUGUCUGUCUGUCUGCCUGCCUCUCUGUCCGUCUGUCUGUGCUGUCUGUCUGUCCGUCCGUCCUUGUUUGGAUGUCCAUCAUCCUCCUUAUCUUUUCCCCCCUGAUCCUGGCUCCAGGCUCGUUCUGUCACAAGUUGAAAGUCUUAUAAAAGAUAAAAUCACAGUUCAUCGCAGUAAGUCAGGGGUCAUGCCGUGUCACGCAGCUCCAUCCUAGCUAUAGCACUUAACAAUCCUGUCGCAACAUCGUGCAAAAAUAAAGGAGAAAAAAAAAAUGCGAAAAGCCCCUUUUCCCUCACAACUCAGUCGCCACAGCUGCACACGUUACUCUGUGGACAAAAUAUGUUUCAAGUGUGGGUGGGUGUGACAUUGUCAUCUGCUUUUUUGCUUUGUUUUGUUUUUUUUUCUGUCUUUAAUUUUGCAGCGUGAUCUUGGCCAGACUGGAAGACACAGUGUAGAAUCUCAGUCUAUCAGAACUAAGCUUGAAUAUUUUUGACUUGUGUACAUUCCUUUAACCUCUAACCCCUGUUGCUGUCGCGCCAAUCAGCCAGUUCUCAGUCUUAACAAGAGAGGUUUUUAACAUAUUUAUAGAUAGACACACAUCUCGCCAUUGUGUGCUCAAGUAGGCGUGUUCAGCACUGCUUUGUGGGUAUUGUAAUGAAACUGGAAUCGUAGCCUAACUGAAGAGCACCUCCUGUCGUUGCCUUUCUCGGGCGUGUCGGAUACAGGGCGGAUCAGGGACUAGUUAGGGACGUUAUCACUCCAUCUCUUGCAGCCACACUGAAUACAUCACCUCAGUUGGUGUGGAUGUGUAGUCUAUACACCCUCAUUCCUGUUUUUUUUUUUGAAGCCUGAAUGCCUUCAGUCCUGAGAGAAUCACAAAGUUAUGGUGAUGAAGGUUUGAAGGAAGGAGAUGAGAAAUGGUCGAGUCCUUCCCCUUUUGCUAUAAAAUCACCAUCAGAGAACACAUUUAUAAAAGAGAAGGCCAAGCACAACUCUGUAUUUUUUUAAUUUUAAAUGUAUUCACUGUUUUUGUGAGUGAACAUUCCAGACUUUUUUUUUUCCAUUUAAUGUGAGAGAAAUUGGUGAAACCUUGGCUGUGGUAAAUGUUGUAGAUGUUUUUCUCAUGCUGUUCUUCCUUUUCCUUUUCUUGUUAUUGUAAGGAGCUUAUUUUCCCAAUGAAAAAAAAAAAAGUUAGUGUAUUAAAUAAAUAAACCAGCAACUCAAUUUAUGAAUCAAGACAGAAGAGUUUAUCUGGAGUUGGAGGCAGUAUUAUACCAGUCGUGGGAUUAGUGCAGUUUUAGGUCAGACCAGUGCUGGCAGUUUCAAGCGUUUCUGAUCAGCGUAACUCUCUCUUAGUGCCGUUCAUUAUUCUGGAGCGUCUAAGAAAAAGUAAUGUUACAGAAUAGCAUUUAAAAUACACAUGAAAGAAAGUUUUAUUCUAUGCUCUGGUCAUUAAAACAACCCAUAAUAACGGCAGGCUGUUUGUGGUCCAUCUUGCAGGUGAAUCCCAAAAUUGUCAACUAUUUUUGAUAUUUGACCGUCCAACAUUUACCAUCAUUUGGUUUUUGGUGGUCACUAAAUGUUAAAAAGUUUGGUUCGUAAACACAAAGUCUAGCAUUUAAGUGGCUGGCUUCAGAUGCUGCAUCAUUCCUCCACUCUAGAUACUGUAUUUCUGUAAGGACCUUUUCAGACUGUAAAGAUGAUAUUUGACCAUCUCUCAGUGGUGUAAAUAAUCCCAUUGGCCCCUGACCAUAAACACCUCUUCGCUCCUUUCAUUUUCCCAUGUGAUGCACUGUGACUGUCACAGACACGAGCGAUCAGGGCGAUGCGUUUUUAGGUGGGGUGGGAGGGGCCGAAAAUAUUUCAGCUUUAUUAAAAAAGAAUCAAGGCUCUCACUAUGUAGCUAGAAGACAUUGUACAAUUGUAUAUGUAUCAUAAAGGUAAGUUAGGGAAAAUGUUUUUACAGGUCAUGGUGCUCUGGGAAGUGGCUUGCCUGCAGAUAAAAGCGGCUCGUAUUUUUUUGUGAAUGUGGCUGAGGGGGAGGUAACGUGAUUUUACUCAUGGAGAAAACCAGUGUGGUGCAAGUUGUCGGUCGGUGUUUGAACAUUCAUAAAAAACAUUUUUUUUGCAACUUUCUAAUGUGAUAAAUUGUGACAGUGCUGAUGAAAACGAUUACUGAAUCAGGAAAAAAAGAAACACCUCAGACUGGAUAAUAGGUCGCCAAACAAAAUGAAUGAACACACUGUACAGUAUGUAUGCCUGUAUUUUGCAUUAACCUCUUACUUGACAACAGGAAAAGUUUAUUUGCAAAGCAGAUGCUAGAUCAGAAAGCUGUUUUAGAGCUCAAGGUUGCGUGUUUCACUCCGGUAAACAGAAGAGCUGGUGGUUUUUGCUUGAAGUGUAAUGAUUGUUGUUCCUGGCUUCUGAUGAUGUUUGCUCAGUUUUAAUUUAAUAACAAAGCUACUCACACUGGUCGCCUCCGUUACUCCGAGGAUUAGAUCCGAUCCAAACUUUCUUUUGUCUCGAGGUUGUUGAUGUUGUCAGUGGGUGUCCUGGAUGAGAUGGAGAAAAGAAAAGUGGCCAAAGACAGCCAGUGUUGUGUCAGUGUGGCUCAGGAUGGAUUUGUUAAGACAAAGUCAAAUCUGAGCAUGUGAUGAUGUAAGUGUGUGGGGCUGGGAGGGGGAUUGGGGGUGGGGGGGCAGAGGGCAGCGAUCUGAUGCCCUCAGUCUCCCAGGCUGUGAGGCAGUGCAAGUUGUUUGUCUGACCUGGAGGUUUGUCAGGAGUUACCCUCUUCGCGCCAAAUGCCGCUCUUCUGCUCUGGCAUCACCCAUCUACUGAGCCGCAACGUCAUAUCAUAUCAUAACCCCCCGCUUCCAUUCAGUUUCUGUCUAGUAUCCUGUCCACCCGUCUGCUGCGAUCCCUCUUUCCUUCGGCCUUCAUCGUAGGCCCCUGCGCUUCUCAUGAAUCAUCCCUGCUUCUAUGAUACUGGUUAUAUACUGUAGACUUUGCAGUGUGAAAUCAUGUAAUCCACAAUCGCAGGUUUAGCAUUCAGACCAGUUUUGUGCAUUCCAUCUUAAAUUGUUUUGUUUUUGAUAUAAUUUUGUUAUUUUUUAAAUAAAAAAAAAAUAAAGAUACCAUAUGCAUAUUGACAUACGCGUGUAUUCAAAACUCAUACUGAAUACAUACUCAGAAAUAAGGACCUGAUAUCAUCUCCUGUUGCCCUGUUACAGCACUUCAAAUUGUACUUAUGAUUCUGCAGAUUCAAUAAAAUGUCAUUUUUCUCA